AUGUCGAUACAUUGUUUUUUUAUUUUUUUCUAUUUAUUUUUGUUAUUAAAUACAAUCGAAGCAGGUAAAAUAACUGGUCUUUCAUCUAAAAACUCUGAAGAUGGUCAAUCAACACAAGAACUAAAGAAAUCAUCAAAAGAUGAUCAACCUCCUUUAUUAGAUUCUACAAAUGAUCAUCUACAAGAAGAACUUGAUGAAGCAAUUAACGAUAAUGAAAAUCGUUUAAUAGACUCAAAAGAUAAUAAAUUAGAUAAAACAAAUGAACAAAAAUUAUUAGACAUAACACAUCGUCUAUUAGAAUUAGAACUUGAAGAAGCAUCUGAAGAUGAUGCUCACGUACCUUCAUCAUUAGAUAAUUCAUUAUUUGAGAAAAUUGAUGAUGAGAAUUUUGAAGAUUUAACAUUAUCAAUGAGUUCAGUACCAGAUAUAAAUCAAGAAAUGAAAUAUUUUUCAUUAGAUAAAGUAACUCCUGGUUCUAUUCCAGCCGGUAUCAUUGUACAAAAUUAUUCACUUUCAGAUAAAAUGAAAUUAAUUCGUUUAUAUCAAAGUAAUAAAAUUGAAGAUACAAAAGAAUUAUUUGAUUAUAUAUCACAACAUAUUCAUAAUAGAUAUAUGAAUUGUGCAUUAAAUUUACGAAAAUGGAUUAUAAAUCCACGUUCAGGAGAACCAAUAUUCUAUCGAAAUUGUGUUCCAUGUACAAAUGCUGUAGAUCUUAAUUUACAAAGUUUAUUUGAUCAUCAAAUACAUAUUGAUAAAUUACAACAUUAUUUUGUAAAUACUUGUCAUAUGGAAAAACAAUGGAUCUCUUAUAUAAGUAAUAUGGAAUAUUUACAAGUUGAUUUAAAACGACAUCCAGCUACAACUUUUACAGAUCUUAUACGUCAAAAUCUUAUUCCUAAUCAUAGAUAUAUAUUUCAAGGAAUAGUUAAAUCAGAUCGUGGAAUAAAUCAUAAAGAUUUUCUUCAUGUAUGUAAUUUAAUUAAUGAUGAAUAUGGUCAUAUAUGGAUUAUUGAUGGGCAAAUAGAAAGAGUUUUUGAUCUUAAUCAAUCAGAUGAUAUCAAAGAACUUGAUAGAAGAUAUCGAAUUGAUUAUGUUGCACGUGCUUUUACUGGAUUAUUUCGACCACCAUCACUUACACAACAUUCGAAAUAUUUUCGAAAUGAAUUUGGAUCUGAAGAAGCACCUACUGGUGCAUUUAGUUUGUCACAUUAA